AUGGUUUUCUGCUUCAAAUCCACGAAAUUAGACAUCCCUUCAGCUCUUUUCAUCGCCGUCUCAGUCUUCAUUCUUCAAGCUUCUCAGGUGAAUUCAAGCUGUAGCAAAGGCUGCGACUUGGCUUUAGCUAGAUACAACGUUUCACAAGGAUUAAAUUUGACCCUAAUUUCCCAGUAUUUUGCUGUCCCAAUUCCCCAACUUUUGAGCUGGAAUCCUUCCACACUUCCUGACCAGGACACAGUCUUCGCUGGCACCGAAAUCAACAUCCCUUUUAGGUGUGACUGUUUGAACCCUGGGGAAUUUUUGGCCCAUGUUUUCAAUUACACUAUUUCUCCAGGGGAUACUUAUGAUCCUGUAGCAUCAACCAACUAUGCAAACUUGACUACCACUCCUUGGUUGCAGAGAUUUAAUAGUUACCCUGCUACUAAUAUUCCCGACACUGGGUUCUUGAAUGUGACUGUUAAUUGUUCUUGUGGGGAUAAAGCUGUGAGCAAAGAUUAUGGUUUGUUUAUUACUUGGCCCGUGGGGCCUGGGGAUAGUUAUGAGUCUGUUGCUGCUGCCAAUAAUUUAAGUUCCAGUUUGAUCAGGAGUUAUAAUCCCAAUGCCAAUUUUAGUUCUGGGAGAGGCCUGCUGUUCGUUCCUGGAAGAGGAUUGUCUGGUGGAGCUGUUGCUGGUAUAUCUGUUGCAGUAGUGGCGGUAUUGCUCCUUACAGGUGUCUUAUGUCUUGUAACUUACAGAAAGAGGAAGGCCCGGAAAAUAUCAUUGCUCUCAAGGCAAUCGGAUCAUGACCUCCAGCAUUUAUCAACUAAUGGUGGGAGUACAUCAAAAGCAACGGAAUCUGCAGGAAUCGCUGAAGGUGCUCCAGGCCUUACAGGCAUAACUGUUGAUAAAUCUGUUGAGUUCUCAUAUGAAGAGCUUGCAACAGCAACAGAUGACUUCAGUCUAGCUAAUAAGAUUGGUGAAGGUGGCUUUGGUGCUGUUUACUAUGCAGAGCUUAGAGGCGAGAAAGCUGCAAUUAAGAAAAUGGACAUGCAAGCGACAAGAGAAUUUCUUGCCGAACUGAAAGUUCUGACUCAUGUCCAUCAUCUGAACCUGGUGCGUUUAAUUGGAUACUGUGUUGAGGGUUCACUUUUCCUUGUUUAUGAAUAUAUCGAAAAUGGAAAUUUGGCGCAGCAUCUCCGGGGUUCAGGGAGGGAUCCACUAUCUUGGUCAACUAGGGUGCAGAUUGCAUUGGAUUCUGCAAGAGGUCUUGAAUACAUACAUGAGCAUACAGUUCCUGUCUACAUCCAUCGUGAUAUUAAAUCAGCGAAUAUUUUGAUUGACAAAAAUUUCCAUGCAAAGGUAGCAGACUUUGGUUUAACCAAAUUGACUGAGGUUGGAAGCUCAUCUUUGCCCACCCGUCUCGUGGGUACAUUUGGUUACAUGCCACCAGAGUAUGCUCAAUAUGGCGAUGUUUCUCCUAAAGUUGAUGUCUAUGCUUUUGGUGUGGUGCUUUAUGAACUGAUUUCUGCCAAGGAAGCUAUAGUCAAGGGAGGAUCUGCUGCUGAAUCUAAAGGCCUUGUUGGUUUGUUUGAAGAAGUUCUUAGUCAGUCAGAUCCAGAUGAUGCUCUCCGGAAAGUAGUUGACCCAAGAAUUGGAGAUAAUUACCCCAUUGAAUCAGUCCGAAAGUUGGCUCUGCUAGCAAGAGCUUGCACACAUGAGAACCCUCAGCUUAGGCCAAGUAUGAGAUCCAUUGUGGUCGCACUCAUGACUCUGUCCUCCACCACCGAGGACUGGGAUGUUGGCUCAUUCUAUGGAAACCAAGGACUAGUAAACCUAAUGUCUGGAAGAUAG